AUGAACAUCUGCAAACCUUCUAAUAAGACAGCUCCAGAGAAUUUGGGUGAUGCUGUUCCUGAGGUCCAGGCCCAACGUGCUCGAAGGAAUGGCUGGAGCUGGCCUCCACAUCCCUUCCAGAUUGUCGCCUGGUUGUUGUACCUCUUCUUUGCGCUGGUUGGCUUUGGAAUUCUGGUUCCUCUUCUACCCCUCCACUGGCUGCCUGCUGGCUAUAUUUGUCCGGGAACGUGUUUUAUAUACCAUUUAGUUGUUCAUCUUACUGCAGUCUCCAUUGAUCCUGCGGAUACCAAUGUGCGAAAAAAAAACUAUCUGGGGCCUCUGGCCACCUUCAAUCGUAAUCAGCAUGCACAUGUCAUUGAAAAUCGUCAUUGCCAUGUCUGUGAUGUAGAUGUGAGUGCCAAGUCAAAGCACUGCGGAACUUGCAACAAGUGUGUGUGCGGCUUUGAUCACCACUGCAAAUGGCUCAACAACUGUGUGGGGAAGAGGAAUUACUGGCUCUUUUUGAAUAGUGUGCUGUCUGCCAUUCUGGGCCUUGGUCUUCUGCUGCUUGUAGCUUUCUACGUCUUUGUGGAGUUCUUCAUUAAUCCCAUGAUGCUUCGUUCCGACCAGCAGUUUGAAGUUCUAAAGAACCACACAGACGUCUGGUUUGUGUUUCUUCCUGCAGCUCCUGUUGAGACUCAGGCACCUGCCAUUUUGGUCUCAGCUGGGAUUUUUAUUCUUCUGAGCCUAAUGACCCUGUUCCUGCUAGGCCACCUCUUGACCUUUCACAUCUAUCUUAUGUGGAACAAAUUGACUACAUAUGAGUACAUUCUGCAGCAGCGUCCCCACCAAGAGACAAAAGAGGUAGACAAACAACUGGAAUCUUAUCCCUCCCAAGUGAGACCCAAUCAGGAAGCAGACUUUUUUUCGGGUAACGCUGGCUAUACAGACCCUGAUAUUCAAGUGGAGGACUCUCCAGCCAUAACUUCAGGGAAAGACUUUUCAAAGCUCUGUGCGCACAGUGAUGAAGCAGAUCCUGAGCAGAGCUCCUCUCCUGACUUCCCAUCUCUUCAAUCUGCAAUCCCUUCUCAGCAACAAAAAAAAAGAAAAAAGAAGAAGAUGUACAAAGCUCCUUCCUCAGCAAUGGACAGCAGAGCUAAAACACACACCAGACCUCGGCCCUCUUUUCCAGAUGCCCAGUCAGAGUUCCUGGCCACAACUGCUGCCCCCUCAUCUUCCCAAAGCCAUCGCCUCUUAGUGCCAGCUUUUCCCAUGAGAGCUGCUUUUUCCCCAGGCAGCAUCGGCCCCAUCCGAGCAGCGGGACCCCCUGCUGACUAUCACUCAGAGUCUGCCGAGUCCAUGGAUGAGAUUCCUGUGGCGCAGACCCGCCUUGGGAGCACAGCCCUUCACAGACCUUGCAAGAAUAGCUCAAGCAGUUCUCAACGCUCUCCCUUGUCCACGGGCAAUCCCAGACGUGACAAGGAGAAGAAUCUAUAUUCUGGGCACAAGGUAAAAACAAAAAGCUGGCAGCAAGACAGCAGCACAGAACAAGACCUAGAACUUGUCUCUAAAAUCCCUGCUGUGUUUGUAAGUAAGAGCAGUGGAGAACCUCAUGUCUCUCAGCCCCAGCCUAGUGAGAGUACGUCUGAGCCACACUACAGAAAAUGCACCACCAAGCUGUACAUGGGCAGACAAAAUUCAUGCUUAAAGGACAUAAGGACAAACACCACAGCAGCCUAGUAAUCAGCCUUCCAAAGCCAUAACCUUGUAGAACAAGGAAAGAGGUUCUUAUUCUACGUGUGUGUUGCUUUUCAAAGAUCUUGAUUCCAGUGACUCAUUUUAUUCCCUGGAGUCAGCAGAGUCCGUUUACUUGAUAUAGUCCUCCUUCCAGCGGACCCAGCUGAGAGACAGGAAAAACCCUGCUGCAUCAUUUUUUCUAGCUACUGCCUGCUCCUAUGCCAGGAGUGCCCCUGAACCCAGUUCCACUCUCCUUGUUAAGAGCGAACAGACUCUCUGAUAGGGAUUUGCCCAGGGCUGUCAUGAUGAUGGACUGAAAUGUAACUACUCUGUAGAGUGCUGAGGGACUGAUCCCUAAACUCUGUGCUUGCCAUCACACUGCAGCAAAACAUUUGGUGCUGCCUGACUAAAGGCAAUGGGCAUCAGCAUGGCAAACCCGAGAUGGGUGUCUUGGCAUGUUGCUAAAGAAAAGUGCUUCCUGAGUAAAAGGCUGCACUCUCUUGGCCCUCUGGAAACUAAUACAGCAGUAAAUUUCAUAGAGACUUGUGGGGAGAAACAAAACUACAUCUCUGCUGUUCUGUGGCACCCUUAAAACCAAAUUUCAUAUCUACCUGCACCUAGUCUUUGGAUCAGGCUCAGGGCACUUGAGCGGAUGGUCAGGUAAUAACCUCAGAAUUUCUCUGUCCCUAUACCACUUUCCACUGUGCACUCUCAAGCACUUUUGCCAAAUCCACCAGCAUGAACUCUGUAAGGCAGCAUAGAUUGUACAUGACUGCACUUUCCCACCAGCCUGCUGUGCCCCACCGUGCAACUUCCUUAUCAGAAAAUCUGGAAUGAGGCAGAUCCAGUAAUCUUUCCAUUUCCUGGGCUGUCAGAUCAGCAACGGUUCACAGCCAAGCUUGGAGUCUGUACUGGCAGAAAAAUCCUGCAUGAGACACUGGGGCACAUAACCAGUGUCUAGAAUGACAGCACUCUGUCUUCAUGGUGACAAGCAGCACUACAGAGCCUACGCUUUCACUGUCUAUUUGGCUUCCACAGGCAGCGUGCCCUGCUCCAAAUUCCUGGCUGAGCCCUGAGUCCAUGGCUGCCAGGAAACUCAGAUCUGCCUAGCAACCAGCUACAUCAGAGCCCAGGAUGCUAGCUAAUCACACAUCUUGAUGGGCCUUGCCACCAGCAUGUAUGUGCCUGGCACAAUUUGUCAUUUGGCAGCUAUUGAGCCUGCACAGCUUGUGCCUCCCUGGCAUGGCUAUCACCUGACCAGCAGCAGCUGGCUUGGUGCCAGUGCUGCACACAGCUAGUGUGUGUAAACACCUAGAUGCACCAGCAGAGAAGAGCAAACAGAAAAGAAGUUUUAAUUACUCUACUAAAUGUUUUCCCUGAUGCAUGGACACGGUUGACUCAGUCUACCCCUUCCGCCAUACUAUCAUGCUUGUAGGUAGGGAAGGACAAGAAAAAACAUGGUCCUAAGAGACUCAUGCUAAGCUUUUGCACCCCUUGCCUAAGCAUGGAGUAGCUCAAUCCAUGAGCAUCCAUCAGAAAAGGUUCAGAGCAGGCCAGGAUAUCUGGGGAAAACUGUCCUCUGGGAACAGUCAGCAUAAGACUGACAGGCUUGACCUCCAGCUCUGGUGUGCCCACUUCCCAGCUUUGCCAUUGCCCAUCAUCCUGCUGCUUACACUGGCUCCUACAUUACUCAGAGGUCUGUGCAAAGCCCACUUUGCUUGAAGCUCCCAAAUACUUGGCUGUAUCCUUUCAGAGCAGGAUGGCAUUUGGGCUAGCAUUAUUUUAGCACAGAAUGGGCUUUUGGCCCAGAGUUUCUUCUGGAGAGUUCACUUCAGCAGAGAGACACACAAGAGCAUCUGUCUUAUGUUGCAAACCUCUGUGCACUCUGGAAACCAUGCCAGGAGUUGGGUCAGCUCCCUCAGGAACCCCCCUCAGCACUAUCACUUGACCCAAAACGUGAACCUGUGAAUGCUCAUGUAGUGGUUAUUUCAAGGUAGCCCUUGCCUUCAAGGGGAAGACAAAAUGCUGCAGCUACUGCUGGAAACACUUUUUUUUUUUUUUUUUUUUUUUUUGUGUGUGUGUGUGUGUGUGUGUGUAGAACUG